AUGCAGAGCUUUCUUGCACCCUCCAGCGGCCACUGCCGCCGCCCCACGCUGCUCGUCGCCGUCCUCAUCACCAUGCUGGCCGCACUCUCGCUGUCGUCCGCGCCAUCGGCUCUCGCCAUCCCCGCGACGACCUCGCAUGCAUCGCCGCAGCAGCAGGCCGUCUUUGCCGACCCUGCGCGUGACGCAUCGCCCGCCUCUUCGCUGGGCCCCUCGACCAGGCGAGUCAAUGUCACCCUCGGCGUCAUGUCGCGCUGCCCAGACGCCCUGGCGUGCGAGGCCACCUUCGACAAGGCCCUCGACCGCGUAAACACAAAGGUCCACCUCGAGAUGGCCUACAUCGGCACACUCAACUCGUCGGCCACCUACGGUGUCGACUGCAAGCACGGCGACUCGGAGUGCGCCGCCAACAUCCAGCAGCUCUGCCUCCAGCACGCCCUCGAUCCCAAGCACGCACCGGACCGCUGGGACCUCAGCCCGAGCGCCGCACAGCGAAAGUGGUGGAACUUUAUCCAGUGCCAAAACUACGCCGGCCUCGCCCGCAUCGGAUCAGAGGCCCUCGCCAAGCGCUGCCUCGACCUCAUCGACGGCCCCGAUUGGCACCGCGACGGCAUCGAGCGUUGCGUCAACGGCAAGCUCGGCCGUCGUCUCCUCCGCGACAGCGUGGCCAGGUCCAAGCACGACGGCGUCACCACCUCGUGCACCAUCCUCAUCGAGGGCCACGUCCGCUGCAUCCGCGACGGAGGCCAGUGGAAGCAGUGCGACAUCGGUCACGAGGCCGGAGACUUUGUCGCCGCCAUCGACAAGGAGUGGCAGCAAAAGAACCGGCGCAGCGACGGCCAACGCAGCCUCGACGUCGACGCGCCCGUCAUGCUCGAGCAGGCGGCCCUUAGUCAUCCCUCACGCCUGCAACGCCGGCAGGACCCCAACUCGACGGCACCACCGCCUUCUGCCACGCCCUCCAACACGUCGACCAGCGGAAGCGGCGGCGGCCUGUUUGGCGGCAACGGCAACGGCACCCCACCUAGCGUCUUUCGUCAGAUGAGCAGCAGCAGCUCACCCGCCGGUCCCACCCUGCCCACUCCCUUCCUUGCCUUUGCGAUCACAGCCAUCGCCCUCUUCGUCCUGGUGGUCGCCUUUGUCCUUCUGCGCAUCAUUGUCCGCAACCGCCGGCUGAGGCGGCUGGGACUGCUGCCCGACGGGCCCAUCGACCGCAUCCUUGGCCAGGCGCGCGAGGUCGAAGACACCCUCGCCCCACCGAAACUCUGGGAGGCCAAGAUCGCCCACGACUACAUGCCUCAGCGCACCGAUCCGGAAGCCAAGCUCCGCGGCUGGGAUGCCGUCAUGCCCGUCUCUGCUGCCCUGCCUCCGAGCGUCUACUCUGACCUCUUCCCCAACGACACGGCAUCGACCAAGGACGGCGAAAAGAACAAGGGCGGCAACGGCAGCGGCGCCAACGGCAGCACCUACCCACCCACCUCGCAGGUCCGCAGCAACAUGGUCUCGCGCCACAUGCACCUGCCUGGCUUCCUCCGCCGCGGCGGUGGCGGCGCUGCUGGUACGGGCGGUGCCCUCGAGGCGGCCUCCGCCGGCAACGACUCGCCCAACGGCGCAACUGCAGGCGUCGCUGGCGUUACCGGCUCCUCGAGCGGCGACGAUGCGGAUGCCACCACGACCCCUGUGGGCGACGAUGCGCUCCCGGCCUCGGUCAACGUGACGGUGCUGAUCGCCAUGCCCUCGCCGCGCACCGUCUUCCCGGCGGCACAGCUCGGACGCAAAGGCUCAAGCACUGGUGUCGGCAGCGGUGGACGUCAGCAGCCUGCACCUCCGCCAACGACGACGGCCGCAGCCUCGGCCGGCUCCAGCGGCUUCUCGCCACUCACCCGCGUCCGCAGUACCCGCCUGGACGAGGUGCUGCAUGAGCACCACGAGGGCGACGAGGACGAGGAGCACGGCAUCGCCUCGACAGACGCGCAGGCCAGCCGGCUGCAGCGCAAGGCCAGCGCCAAGUCGUUCCGCACCGUCGGCAGCACCAAGAGCCUGGCCGAGGCGCGCCGCGAGGCCUUCUUUGGCGCCAUGGCCGACGAGCACGAAAAGGACAACCAGCAGCAAGGCUCGACCCAGGCGGCGGCGGCAGCAGCGUCUUCGGCAGCGGCGGCGGCGCCCCCGACUGCGACGACAGCACCGUUCCUCGGCGCCAGUGCCGGCGACGACGAGGACGAGGAGCUGCCGGAGCUCGUCUUUGGCACCGCCAGCGUGCCCAUCUUCCGCAAGGCCAGCUCGACGUCGGCCUCGGCGACGACGCCAGCCGCGGCGAGGAAGACGUUCGGUGACCACGCGGACCGCCACCAGCCGAUCCGACGCGAGCUGCUCGAGCUCGUGGCUGCGGCCCACGAGGCCCGCGAGCGCAAGACGAGGAACGAUACCGCAGCCAAGGAGGCCGAGGCGAGCAAGGGCAGCGAAGACGCCCACAGCAACGUCGACCACGCUCCCGCUCGCACCUCGUCGUCGUCUCGACUCGGCCAGGCUCAGCCGCAGCCCCAGGCCCAGCCGCCGGUCCAGGCCGCGCCAUCGACGACGGCAACAACGGCCCAGCCGAACUCGUCGACCUCGGGCCUCGGCCUCGGCGCCAUCCGCACCUCGGCCCCCUCGCCCGAUAUCGGUGCGCCGCCGCUGGGCGCCUCGGCGCGGCCGUCGGUGUCGUCGUCGACCCUGGACCCGCCCACGCCGCGCGUCGAGCAGCACGCCCGCACCUCGACCACCACCCUCGACCCGCUGCUCCGCUGA